AAAGUAAAAUAUCAUUACAGGACAAAAAGGUCCCAUCAACUCAUUAAUUUUCUCUUUACCAAAAAAGAAGUGAAGGGUAACCAACUAAAAAAGCUCAAAUAAACAAAAGCUAAAGAUAGUAGGGUAAACACCACAACAAAGAACAAACCAAAAGCUCUAACAUAACUCAAAGCAAAAAACAAAACACAGCUGACACUCACAUUCUCUCAUUCAAGAAGUAAAUUAGCAGCAUGAUAGAAGAACAAAGGCGUGGACCCCCUCAUGGCGUUCUCUUAGCAGUGGUGGUAGUAGCAGUCGUGUUAGUCCCAGCACUGCUUGGUGAAAAUGGCGAAGCCAUCACUGACUUCAUCUCUGAGCUUCUUACCCCGGUGGGUCUUCUCCUACUUCCCAUUAUCCUCCUCCUCACUAUCCAGUUUCUCUCCUCCGACACUGGCUCAUUCAUCAACACCAUCUUCUCCACUGGUGAGCCUAACUCCAUCCACCGUGUAAGUGGUUCCCCUGUUGGCGUUGCCCUUUUUCUUGCCCUAAUAUUGUUCCUUCUCUACAACCGCUUUUCCAUCUUCGGUGGAGAUGAUGAUUCCGGCGACUGAAAAGUGACGUUUGUUUGCUUAGAUCUAUAUUAUUCUGGUUGUCCUUUUUAUUUUCUCUUUUCCUUUUAGUUUUAUUUAUUUGGAGUGUAUAUGUAAAUAGUAUAGUACUGUACGGACGACGUACAAAAUAUUGUCGACUAAUGGUAUGUUUGGAAAACUCCAUGUGGAUCUAGGUUUCCACAACUACUCUCGGCCAAAAUCCGCUACAUUUCCAUUCUAAACAAGAUGUGGAUCUAGGUUUCCACAACUACUCUCGGCCAAAAUCCGCUACAUUUCCAUUCUAAACAAGUUGUAGCAAGUUCUAUGAGUUGUGAUAUUUAAUUUAUUAGCAGUACUUAUUCUAUUUUAUUUAAAGACGUUUUAUCCCAA